GUUGGCAAUUAUAGAGAGCGACGAGAUCCAAGACGUUUGUUUAUUAUCUGUGAAUUGUCAAAUAAUAAAUUUUGUUUUGUUUUUUGUGCUUCAUCAUAUACAUUUAUUUAUUCGAUUACAAUGCCAUACAAAGCCUGUGUUUAUAAAGGUUGCGAAAAUUACACAUAUGAUUGCGCACCUUGUGGCAAUAAAAAAUUCACGAUUUUUCGAUUCCCAAAAGAUCCUGCUCGUUAUGAACAAUGGAUGAAAAGGGGUAAAGUUACCGAUGGAUUGCCGGAAACACAAAUGCUAAUGUGUUCCGACCACUUUGAAGGAAAAUACAUUGUAAAAAACGCCAGGCGAACGAUAUUGACAAGCACAGCGGUGCCGAUUCCCUAUCACGAAGAAAGCGUUGAUAUGGAAGGUGAGGAUAAUAUUGAAAGGGAAUGUGAAGUUGGUAUAGUUAAAGUAGAUGAUGCACUCGAUGCAGAAAUGGUGUUUUCAAUUCAUGGUGACUUAAAUGAUAGCUCAACGCUCAUUAGAGUUAAAGAAAGUGUUUGUGAGGAUGACGAUGAAGAUGGAAUGUUGGAGUAUGACAGAGUAGAUAAUAACUUGGAGACAGAAUAUUGUGUAGAAUCAACGACAAUGAAGGAUGUUGAUGAUGUGCGAACAGAAGAGAAUGACGUGUUUGCAGUAGACAGAUUUUAUGCAGAGGAACAUUUGUCAGAUGCAGUAAGACAACCAGUACAAAAAGAAUUUUCCCUAAAGAGUUUAAAAUUAAAUAGUAAUAAACGGCGCAUAACAAAUUCAAGCACUGAUGAAACUCAAGAACCCUCUAGCUCCAAAGUUAUUAUAUCGAAAUUUAAUCAAUUUAAUCACAACAGUAGCGAUGAUGACAGUGUGAUAGUUUCCAAACGAAAAAUAAAGCAAAGAAUUGAGGAUAAUAAUAAAUCUACAAGACCAAAAAUCCAAAAACAAAACGAAACACGACCAGAAUCUCCAAAAAUGAAUUCAGCUUUAGUAAAUACGGAAGCUGUCACAUGCUUCAUUUUUAAGGGUGAAGAAUACGUGCAAAUGCCGAAGGAAUAUUACAUGCAAGAAAAAUUGGAGCUUAUGGAGAAAUUGAAAAAUUAUGAAAAUAUUUUGCGUACAUUUAAACAGAACUUACUUGACUUAGAUUUGUCAUAAACCUCAAAAAUACCGAGUUAAGUUUUCAUUAAUUGAAUAUGUUGUAAAUUACAAGACUAGAAUGCAUGAGAAUAAGAAAAAGAUGAUACAAUUAAUAAUAAGAAUGGAAAAAUGCAAAA